AUCUCUAUGGCUGGACCUCCCAAGCCGACGCCCUUGGAGACGGUCUAGGCAUUUCUGAGAUCUAGUCUUCUCCUUCCUGCCCUAGUCCCUUCAGCGAGCUUUCUCUUCCCCUUUGUCACAUGACCGGCGGCCCCGGUGAAGGCCGGGAAGGGCUGGAGUCAGCUGACCGGAAGACGGCGUGUGCUCUUUCUGUUCCUCUAGCGCUAUUGAAGCGGGAAGAGCCUCUUCGCUGCCAUGGAGCGUUUCGAUAAAGCAGCUUUGAACGCGCUUUCGCCUCCAGAGUACAGAAAUGAAAGUUCAUUAGCCUCCACUCUAAGAACGCUCCUGUUCUUCACAGCUUUAAUGAUUAUGUUACCCAUUGGACUGUAUUUCUCAUCAAAGGCAUACAUAUUUGAAGGCACCUUUGGAAUGUCCAGCAGCGACAGCUAUUUUUAUGCCGCAAUAGUCGCUGUGAUUGCCGUUCAUGUUGUGCUUGCUCUUUUUGUCUACGUAGCAUGGAAUGAAGGUUCACGGCAAUGGCAGGAAGGCAAACAGGACUAAAGGUGGUGGUGUAGCCUGAUGGCCAUGGGACCUUUCCGCGUGGAGUGCAGCCUCAAAGUGUAUAAUGUAAUGAUUUAGAGGCUAAAGCCUUUAAACUCUGAAAGUAAGGGUUUGAAUUGGACAAGGUUGGGGUGCAUCAUCUGCCAUUCCAGUCAUUUUUUGCUUUAUUGUUUUAAUAACAGCUUUGACUUCAUGAGCCUGAAAAACUUGGCAGAGUUGGGAAGACUAGAUGGAGGCACAAGAGUACACUAGAAUGUGUGUAGAUUAAAUGUUCAUAAUCCUGCAGAGAGCCCUUGGGAAACGAUUUGUAUAGUAACUUGCCAAGAGCUAUUUUGAAAGUAACAUCUAGAUAAUUCGUAAAGGUAAAACACUGAGAAUUUUAGAAGCUGGAUCACAAAUGGAUGAAGUUGAUGUGGAAUGGAUUUGAUUCCUGUGUCUCAUUGGUGAGGGCUCAACUUUAGGAAUCUUGAACGACACUAGGCUGCAUCUUAUCGUUGAAAGGAGCACAAAUGCUGGAGAGUGCCACAUACGCUUUUUGAUGGAGAAGCAAUGAUGCACUACGUCCCAUCCAGGAGGUUGCAACUUCAGUCAGUCUGUUAACUCGUUUCUGUGUGGUGACUUUUUACAUGAUGCCUUUCUCUACAAAUUACAGGGUUUCUCAAAUACCAUGACCUUGAAUCCAGUCAUUCUAUUACCCAUUUCCAAGAAACUGCUUUCCUCAUCUGUGGAACGUUUGAUUAAUCUCUCAAGUCAUGUGAUAAUUUAUCACCAAUAACAUUGUCAGCGGAUCUUGGUAAUCAUUUUAGGCAAUCCAAAAAGAUGCGUGCAUCAUAGGGAUGUAGCCAAUGUUAUACCUACUCAGAAUUGACCCAUUGAAAUUAAUGGAUGUGAUUAACACAGGUCCAUUAAUUUCAAUGGGUUUUCUCUUCGUAGAAUGUAGUUGAAUAUAACCCCUACGUUUUGUUUUUAAAUAUUUUCUUGAUUUGUGUUGACUAUCUGCAAUUGCUGCUUUGAGCAUCUUUGCAAUGGUUGCCAUUUUCCUCUCUCACUUUUUCCAUUAUCUUGGAAAGAGAACAGCCUGAUGCUCACUGAUGUGGCAUUGUUCCUUUUCUCCUUUGGUUCCUCAACCUGGGUCCUUGUCAAUAAAUGAGUGUCUUAAUAUUACUACAGAUGCUUCUGCAAUCAUGGACAGACCACAAUGGAAUGGAUGGGAAACUCAGGACAGGCAUAAGCUCUCUAAUCAAUUUGAACAAAAUGAGUGAUUUGUGUUACAGGUUUUUUGCUCUGUUUGCUUUUAAUGUCCAUUUAGCAUUAUUUGUUGUAAAAUAAUGGGGGGGAAUCUACCCUUUCAUUGAUUAGACCAGUAGGCAAUGCUGCUCCACAAUCAGGCCUCACUUCACUGGGAGCUGCACAGGAUUUAACACACAAGCCCAGUUGAAAUGCACUGAUAAUGUGCAGCGAACUGGUGGAUUGUACCUGCUCUAGUAGCUAAUGUGAAGUGUUGGUUAAGAACAGAUUUUUCCUUAAGGCUAAAGUAAUGUCCUCUUUUCUGAACCUUGAAUAGUUUUUGUUACCCUUUCAAGGUUUUAUGAAAUCUGCUUCUAUAAAUCCUAACCUAAGGGAUAAUUGCUGGGAUUAAAAAUGUUUGCUCUACAGAUAAGAACCUCCCUCUUGUGUUGAUAUGAAGCACUGGAAAUGUUUGAAAUCUAAUGUGAUUGGUUAGCAUCGGUUUCUUGAGGGGUCUGUAAACAAGAUUUACUUUUUGUCAGAGCAGGAAUCCAGUACUGGGCAACUGGCUGCUGGUACACUGAAGAAUAGCUUUUUGGCUAUUUGAAUUGCAAAAUUGUUUUGUACAAUCCUAUGCUGAGAUUCCCCCUUAUAUGUGGAACUGAUGUUGAAUUGUAAACCUUUUUAAUAAAAUGUAAGCAUUAA